AUGCUGCCUCCAACUGCCUGUCGACAAUGUCUACGACAGGUACGUCCGCGUCUAUUGGCCCGGACUGCAGACUCUUCAGUCGGAUCAUCUCGUCAACUGUCCACCAGCUCCAGCUUGCGUUCCACAGCUUCUCCCAACAAACGAGUCGGAGAAGUCAACCCCCUUCGAUCUUCGGUACCUCCACGAAAGCCUAACCAAGCCCAAGAUGCAGCUGCUAUUGCACACUACAGACGUCGUAUGGCGCUCUCCGCGGCCGGUAUCGUCCUAUGCGGUGCUACGAUGUAUGGGAUGGUCAAAAGCAACGCUUUUGGAUUACCGGAAGACAAAGAUAAAACGUCCAAAGAAGGAGAAAAUAAAACAAAGAACGACAAUUCGAAUAACAGCAGUAUCAAGCUUGACGGGCCCUCCGAAUUCCCCAGCAGCCCAUCCGUGAUCCGCAUCCAAGGUCAAGACGGCGCCGAACAGGUCGAGACGGGAAACAGCUCUGUGCCGCUAUUUCCGACAACCAUUAAACUCCCCAAGUCAAUGAGCGACAUGUCAUUGACCCCCGGCCAGGACUUGCCUAUUGCGCCUGAAUCUGAAGAGGAAUACCAAUUGCUUGGAUUCGGAAUACGGUCUGUCUCGUUCCUGUCAAUUCAGGUAUAUGUUGUCGGCGUGUAUGUGGCCAAGUCAGAUAUUGGAACCCUUCAGCGACGACUGGUCCAUGCCGGAGUGCAGGCCCCUUCUAUUGGGGCGGAGGGUCAACCCACCACCGUGGGUGCGGCAGCAGCAGCAACGUCGCUUGUAUCUACGGAACGGGAUGCGUUGAAGAAGUUGCUCCUUGACCCCGAACAUGGCGAGGCGGCAUGGACCUCGAUACUGAAGGAAGGUAACAUCCGCACUGCGAUUCGAAUUGUGCCGACACGCAAUACGGAUUUCAUGCAUUUGCGGGAUGCUUGGGUGCGACAUAUGACGAACCGAGCACAGAAGGACAUUGCUAGAAUCAAAGAAUUGGAAAAAUCAAGCGGUGGUCAGGUUGCACCUCUGCGCAGUGAAUUCGAUGACGAAGCCUUUGGACAGGGAAUCAGUGAAUUCAAGACCUUGCUUGGCGGCGGAUCUCGUAAGAAUAUCCCCAAGGGGCAAGUCCUCCUUCUGUUACGCGAUCAACGGGGUGCCCUCGAUGCGCUUUUCCAGCGGGAUCCUAAGGAACCUAUUCAAUGGCUUGGUCGAGUUGCCGAUGAACGGGUUAGUCGUUGCGUGUGGCUGAACUAUCUUGCUGGUAAACAGGUUGCGAGCGAGCCCGCAAGACAGAGUAUCGUUGAAGGUACCAUGGGUAUUGUGGAGCGGCCUGUUGGGACUGUUACGCAGAAGGUUAUCUAA